CAGAAAGCUCUUGAGCCAUUGUGUGCUCCUGAAAUACAUUUCCAGGGGAUGCUGCUGCAUGUAAGGGUGCUGGACUCGGCACUGCUGGCUUCUCCUUGCCCUGCAGCUCUGGGCAAGUAAUAGGUGCAGUAAACUCUAUGGAUGCUUAAAAUUCCUCUGAGGCAUUGUGUUGAUCAUUUUUCUUCCCAAGAUUAUUUUUAAUCCCUAUCGGUGUCACUGUCCAGCUCAGAGUGUAUCCCUACAGUGAAAAUUAGGAGGCAGAAAGGAUUAUUGGCUGCAGGAAGAGGUGGCAGAAGCAACCAUGGGCACAGAGAAAUGCCUUCAAUGAUGACUCAGUGGGAGGUUGAGGACUUUGGUCUGUGCCCUCUUAACCUCUGACGUGGGGCCACAUUCACACUGCAUAACCUGGACUGCAAAGCCAGGAAGUGGAAGAGGGGCACAGCAUUUCAGUAGCUCCUGGGCAGCAAAUCCAGGCUGAGGUGGACCUGGGACUGCAAGACUUGUCUUUACCUAGAAGAGAACUUAUCUGUGCCAGCUUCGGAGGGUGAGAGCAAACCUGGGCUGCCAGAUACCAUUGAAAACUGCCACAUCAGCAAGGACUGAACCUGGCCAGAGGAACUUCUGAUCAAGAUUUUUUAGGGUCUGGAAAAGUCAGUAUGUUGGAUCAGAUUCAUUGGCUGGCAGCUGUGACAAUCCUGGGAGUCCUGGAGCAAGCCUACUUCUUCCUCCAGGUGAUCUAUGCUAGGAGGCUGUUUGGCAUUUCACCUCCAAAGAUCUCAGGCCCUCCUGAAUUUGAAAGGAUCUUUCGGGCACAAGUGAACUCCUCUGAGUAUUUUCCCAUCUUCCUGGCACUUCUGUGGCAGGCUGGACUCUUCUUCCAUCAAGGUCUGGCUGCAGCCUUGGGUCUGCUCUAUCUCUACGCCCGCUACUGCUACUUUAUGGGAUACAAGGCAUCAUCCUCAGAAAGACUCACCCCAAUAUACUUCAGCGCUGGAGUUCUCUGGAUUCUCAUUGCAGUGUCAGCCCUGGGCAUCCUGCAUUUCUUCCUCUGUCACUACGUGGGGCUGAACGUCCUCCAGCUUCUCACAGCAUGACCCACUCCCCUGUGCUUCAUCACUGUCCUCAUCUUCAAGUCCUGCUCCUUCCUGCCUGCCUUAAUAGACUGGCUGCAACUCAACAGCUCUCAAUGAGAAAUCCACUCAAGCCCAAGCUUUUAACACCUCCUUCAUCACUGUCCAGCACUGGCAGGAAUUGCUGAGCUGUUUUGGAGAUAUUUUUCCCCCAUGGCACUUUGUGUGCCAAGUGCUUCACAUCUGGCAUCUCCAUCGUGUCUGAUGCGGAAACAACAAUCCCAAACAAGGACAUAGAAAAGCAAACUCUUCUCUCAGUCUGAGUUUUCCAGUGAGUUGCCAAAAUGAAGUGCCAUGUGUUCCCCAUUCUCCAGCAGCUCUGCCCUCAUCCCAGGCACAGAACACGGAUUCACGCCAGUUUUCCGAGGCCCACAACUAAAAAAGGCAUUUGUUUGAAACCAGAUGUGGGCUGAUGAGACAUAACAAAAGAGGUGAGGGGUAAACUGGAGCAGCCACCAACAUGUUGUGUAAAAGUCUGUGGGUGGCCUCAUGCUGGUUAUCAGCCAGUGCUGUAAAUCGGACUGUGCAAACUCAUCACCACUGCUGCAUGUGCCACUUCAAACUCGGCCCAGUGACAACAGGCACAAAUAAAAGGUCACUGAACUCGC